GCGAUCCCCGGUUCACGGCAAGAUGGCGGCGCCCAGGCGACUCUGAGCCCAGUCCUUGCACAAAGUCCCGAUGGAGGCGAGAGAGUUCGUGGCAUCGCUUGUGGCCGGUGGAAUGGCCGGGAUGUGUGUUGACCUAACCCUGUUCCCACUGGACACCAUGAAAACCAGACUCCAGAGUCAGCAGGGGUUCUCUAAGGCCGGAGGAUUCCGUGGGAUUUAUGCCGGCGUUCCUUCUGCGGCCAUUGGAUCUUUUCCCAACGCUGCUCUUUUCUUUGUUACCUACGAGUGCACAAAAUCUGCGCUGGGUCCACUGGUGUCUACAAAAACGGCUCCACUUCUGCACAUGUUUGCUGCUUCUCUGGGCGAGAUGGUCGCAUGCCUGAUUAGGGUCCCUACUGAGGUUGUCAAGCAACGGUCCCAAGCUUGCCCCACCCUGGGUACUCGCAAAGUCUUCGUUGAUACAAUAAGGCAAGAGGGUAUCCCAGGACUGUACAGGGGCUUUGGCAGCACAGUGAAACGAGAGAUUCCAUUUGCCAUGGUCCAGUUCCCUCUAUGGGAGUUUCUGAAGGUCCUGUGGUCGUGGAAGCAGAAUAGUGCGGUCGAUUCUUGGCAAUCUGCAGUCUGUGGAGCAUUUGCAGGUGGUUUUUCAGCUGCAGUCACCACACCUUUGGAUGUGGCAAAGACAAGAAUCAUGUUAGCAAAGAAAGGUACAAGGACUGCAAGUGGAAAGGUGCUGCCAACCCUGAAGAAUAUCUGGAACACCCAAGGGAUUUCUGGCUUAUUUUCAGGCAUUAUACCCAGAGUCACAUGGAUCAGUCUUGGAGGCUUUCUGUUUUUAGGAACAUAUGAUAAAGUCCACAAGCUGCUACUAUAACGUGUCAAGAAAUUCACUGUAAUACCACGGAACUAGCAUGGAUAUAAUAUAAAUUGAUUUUUAUUAGAACCUUCAAUUAUUUUGUUAGACAUUUCUAUAUUUUACAUUUCUGUAAUAUGUAUAUUUUUUAGCAAAUUGUAUAAAUAAAUAUUUGUGCAGAAAAGUAA